AUGUCGAUUCUUUAUUAUACACUUAAUAACUCAGUUUUUACUAACUUUGCAUUUUAUUCAACUGCUGCAGUUGUUAAAAUGAUGGGUAUGUCUGCACUUACAACUCUUAAACGAAUGUCAAAAGAUGCUUUUGCUAAUCCAGAAGAUCUUUCAUUAGCAAAAAACAAAACAGCUGUUAUUACACUCGCUGAUCCAGAUGUUGAACGUGUUCGUCGUAAUCAUUUAAAUGAUAUUGAAAAUAUCGUACCAUUCGUACUUGUUGGAUUAUUUUAUGUUGGUACCAAUCCUGAUCGUGAUACUGCUCUUUGGCAUUUUCGAGUUUUCUUUAUUUCACGUGUUUUACAUACGCUUACUUAUCAACUUGCUUUACCACAACCAAGUCGAUUUAUUACAUGUGCUAUUGGUUAUCUUACAACACUUUCAAUGGCUUCACGUGUUCUUCUCAACGUUCGUCCAUAA